CAGUGUCAUAAUUUUCUGACUGAGGAGAAGGGGGGCACUAAGGUUUUUUUUCGGGAGUUUGAGGGUUGUUGUUAUUGUCCAUUAAUGCUUGCAUGUAAAAGAAAGCAGAGAUAGAUUAAAAAAUCGUAAUAAAGUAGCAAUCUGUUCCAUUCCGGGAUCAUUUCAACAAGGACUAAACUCUCGGUCAUGCUGCUGCUCUGCCUCGCCGUCCUCAGCCUCACUGCCAGCUCUCCCUGUGCUGCCGCCCCACAGCGAGACUCUGCGAUCACUGCGCACGCCAGAAACAAGCUGCUGCUCAUCUCCUUCGACGGUUUCCGCUGGGACUAUGACCGAUAUGUUGAAACCCCUAGUCUGGAUAAAAUGGCCCAGGAUGGGGUGAAGGCAAAAUAUCUCACACCACCCUUCCUCACUAUAACCAGCCCUUCUCACUUCACAAUGCUGACAGGACGUCAUGUUGAGAAUCACGGAGUAAUCCACAACAUUUGGUUCAACACAACCACCCAGGAGAAGAAGCAGUAUUACCAGACUCAGUUUGUUGACUCCUACUGGGACAAUGGGACCUUACCAAUCUGGAUAACAGCACAGAGACAGGGUCUGAAGGUAGGUUCUCUGCAUUUUCCUGCCACUGCAGCUAAAUACAGAGGAGAGAUAGUGAAGUAUCGGCUAGUGGAGCCUCCUUUCUACGAUCAUUCUAACGAGACAGAUUGGCAACUGAACAUCGACAAGGUGGUUGAAGAAUGGUUCUACCAACAGGACCUGGACUUUGUCUCUUUGUACUUUGGCGAACCAGAUUUGGCAGGGCACGAAUUUGGACCCGACUCUCCAGAAUGCAGAGAAAUGGUCCAGCAAGUGGACCGAACAGUGGGCUACAUACGGGACAAGAUCCAACAGCAUGGCCUCACAGACAAGCUCAACAUCAUCAUCACUGCCGACCACGGGAUGGCUAAGAUCUUCCAUGGAGGAGAAGUUAAGAAGAUCAUCCUCUCUAAGAUCCCUGGCUUCAGCUUCAAAGAUAUCCAGUUCCAGCUGUUGGAUUAUGGUCCUGUUGGGAUGCUGCUUCCUAAAGAGGGGAAGCUGGAGACGGUCUACCAGGCUCUGAAAGGAGGGCACCCUCACCUUCAUGUGUAUAAGAAAGAAGAGAUGCCAUCUAGACUGCACUACAGUAACCAUCCUCGACUCCUGCCCAUUAUCCUCAUUGCUGACCCUGGAUACAUUGUCAAUGGGAUUUUACCGUUGAACUUCAACAAAGGAGAGCACGGUUUUGAUAAUGAAGUCAGUGACAUGCAGUCAAUCUUCAGAGCAGUGGGACCGGACUUUGAAAUAAACAAGAUAGUAGGACCCCUUGACAUGGUGGAUGUGUACCCACUUAUGUGUCAUCUACUGGGGAUAAAGCCAGAGAUACAUGACGGACAGUUGAAUAAAACUGAACACAUGCUGGUUCCUGGGAAAGACAUAGGAGACAAUGACAAGAAGAAUUAUGGAAAGGAGGCGAUGAUUGGCUUGUCAGCAGUGGUUGGGUUUCUUGUGCUGGUUUUCAUCAUCACCAUAUCCUACAACACGUGCAAAAAGACCCGUAAACAAAGGACCAGUGUGACAAAUAUGAGCAAAUUCUGAAGAAGAAAAAACCUGCAGGAAUGGACAAAAUGAAAGUGGGAAGUGUACUUUUGGGGGAGAAACAACAUAAAGAGUUCAAAUAUCUAAUAUCUCAGAGUUUAAUGUCACUUUGAAGUGGUAAUAGCGUGAUUAUUGUGAAAUAAAAAGGCUUAUGGAGGAUU